ACAAUGAUUAAAGCAAAUAAAAAGCAGCAUCCCCUUCCCUGCAGGCUGCAAACUUUGCUGGCCUUCUCCAGAGGAUUGUCCCCACGGCCCUGUUGGUGGCUGCAGCACCUUCCUGCUCCCCCCUUAUAUUUUUCCCCAUUGCUUUUGCAGGAGCCUGGGGCAUAGUGAGAGAACUGUUUUGGCAAUGGAAAACAGCAACAUUUGCUAUGCAGCGUGGAAAGCCGUGCUGAUGGGAACAGUCAUUGCUUUAAUAUUUAAUUUGAUGAGAUCUAGCUCUGAGAAAUGGAGCAGGAGCUGCCACAGCUUCAAGCUCAGCGCUUCCAGGGGAAUUUCCAUGGGGUUCGCUACACUGCGGACUUAUCUAUAUUCUGGCUGGGUGACAUGGUAAUGCAUCUCAUUAGCUAACCGAGCACACAGAGCUGUGUUUCCUCCAGUUCCCUUUAAUUAAUCAGGCUUUCAAUGCAUUCAGGGGGUCGCUCGGACACUGGCUUGUCAUUCAAAGCAUCUCCCUUCCACUGGACCCUGGCUCCUGGGAGCUGGUUGAUCUCUGCGAGGAAAUGUGGCUGCUCACGUGCAACCUGGUGGCAUCUCAGGAGGGAAUUUCCUUACACCAUGAGCCUGUCAGUGCAAUGCAGCUAAGGCCCAAUCCUGCCUCUCACCAGCCAGAGCUCCCUGGUGCUGUACGGGCUCGUGCUGCUGCGGAACCAGGAGCAGGGCCAGGCUGAUGCACAUGGGAGAUGUCUCACCUAGAACCUGUCCCUUCUGUGCCCUUUCAGGUGGGUCCCAUUGGCCCCAAACCAUCUCUGGAACUGAGGUCCAGCCUGCAGCAGAGCCAGCUUUUCUCUCUGCAUCGUCUCCUGCCUUCUGAAGUCCUGUUGUAUGCUUCAGACAGUUUGGGUGUCUUCAUCCAGGAGCUGGGCUUCCAGGAAGCCUGAUGGCCAACAAACAAGCUGGAAAUGUGGAUUUGUCAGAACUAUAAUCCAGCAUACAUGUCCAAGGCACAACCCCAGAGGCCAAAGGAAAGCAAGAAUGUUGAAGAAGAUCUACAUAUGCCUCUGCUUCUUCUUUGUCUCGGGCAUUUUGUAUGAGAUCUCCUUGCUGACCGGCUGCAUCUUCUCCUGUAUGCCUAUGCCCAAGCACUUCCUGACACCUGAGCAGGUCUUGAACCUGGGAAAAAGCAUCAUCUUCCUGGAGACGACGGAGCGCUUGGAGCCGCCCCCGCUGGUCUCCUGCUCUGUGGAGUCUGCUGCCAGGAUUUACCAGGACCGGCCCGUCAUCCUCUUCAUGAAGGGGCUCACGAACGACACGGUGUUGGACUCAAACUCCAGCUAUGCGGCCUUCUCGCUUUUAUCUUCUAUGAAGAAUGUCUUCCUUUUCCCUCUUCAGAUGGAAACCAUCUUCCAGGAGACCCCCCUGCUGCAGUGGUACAACGAGGUAGACCCAGAGGAGGAGAAGAACUGGGUCCACGUCAGCUCUGAUGCCAGCAGACUGGCUCUCAUUUGGAAGUACGGGGGCAUCUACAUGGACACGGAUGUCAUCUCCAUCAGGCCCAUCCCCGAGGGGAGCUUCUUGGCGGCACAGAAGUCACGGUUCUCCAGCAACGGGAUCUUUGGCUUCCCUGCCCACCACAAAUUUAUUUGGGACUGCAUGGAGAACUUUGUUCUCAAGUACAAUGGGAACAUCUGGGGGAACCAGGGCCCCUUCUUAAUGACAAGGAUGCUCAAAACCAUCUGCAAUCUCACCGAUUUUGAAGGUAUUGAGGACCACAGCUGCCAGAACAUCUCCUUCCUAAACCCACAGCGUUUCUACCCCAUCCCGUACCCAGCCUGGGGCCGGUACUAUGACGUAUGGGACAAAAACCCCGAUUUCAACCACUCCUACGCACUGCACUUGUGGAACUUCAUGAACCGCAACCGGAAAGCUGUGGUUGCUGGCAGCAACACGCUGGCCGAAAAACUGUACAAAACCUACUGCCCCACCACAUACGAGGACCUGAUCAAAAACGCAGAGCUGAGGGACUUCUCAAGCUAUGAGGACUCUGUGUGAUGUGUGGAGAGAAGAAGGGGAGUGAUCCUUCCAGACUUCCCUUGUCCCAUGGCCAAAGCACGGCCACCGCUGGUGGCAGCAGCUGGGCUCUGUAGGAGAGAGACCUUUUCAUAACCACUGUCCCCGCUCCCCAGGGACACUAAGGAGCAUAAGCAGAACGGUGGUGGUUACCCAUCAGACAUAGCCUCCACUGACAUAAGGACACCUUUGCACGAGUGGUUUAGGAAAUUAGGUUCUGUUUCCUCAUAGGUGCUCAGAAACCAAACCUUACUUAGUCAAAGGGACGUGUGGGCCUUUCCGGUGAGCUUUCAU